GCCAGUGGCGCGCGUGCAUCGUGGGGGCGUGGUCCAGCUGCACUCGGGACCGCGUGUCCUGGGCCUAAAGGUGCGGGACUUGAGAACGGCCUUCCUGGGAUUACGGAUUCGAGCCCCACUCCAGUGGCAGCCAGAGAAGCCUAGCCCAGGAGGAUGGAAAAGGAAGAGGACGCAGCAGCGGCUGGUGUAGACCCCCUUGGCCGGCCAGUUGAUGUAGAUCUCCCUGCCCAACCGGCAGGUGGAGAACCCCUAGAGGAGCUCCAAGAGGAGUGUGGAGGGGCCGAAGAGGGCACCCCAGCCAUGUACAGCUACAUCAAGGAUGAUCUGUUCACCUCGGAGAUCUACAAGGUGGAGAUUCAGAAUGUGCCCCGCUAUGUGGGUUUCAGCGAUGUGAAGAAGUUCCUGGCCAAGUUCGGGCUGCAGCCUCACAAGACCAAGCUGUUCGGCCACCGGCCCUUCGCCUUCGUGACCUUCAAGAGCCAGGAGGAGCGGGACCGGGCCAUGAAGGUGCUGCACGGGGCGCUGUGGAAGGGCCGCUGCCUCAGCAUCCGCCUGGCCAAGCCCAAGGCCGACCCCAUGGCCAAGAAGAGGAAGCGGGAGGGCGAGGAGGGGGGCCCUGCCGAGGCCAAGCGCCCUGCCCCUGGAGCGGCGGAGCCCUCUUCCGUUGAGGAGCCCAUAGCCAAACAGAUCGCAGAUGUGGUCACCCCCCUGUGGACCCUCCCCUACGAGGAGCAGCUGGAGAGGAAGCAGCAGGAGUGUGAGCAAGUGCUGCAGAAACUGACCAAGGAGAUCGGGAACAACAACCGCACGCUGCUACCCUGGCUCUUCGUGCAGAAGCAGAAGUUCAACAAACUCUGCUGCCCCCUGGAGGGCGUCAAGGCGUCCCCCCUGCAGACAGAGUACCGCAACAAGUGUGAGUUCCUGAUCGGCGUGGGCGUGGGCUGCCAAGACAAGACGGUGGGCUGCCGCCUGGGCAAGUACAAGGGCGGCUCCUGCGCUGUGGCCGAGCCCUUUGACACCGUCCACAUCCCAGCGGGCACCAAGCGUGUGGUCCGGGCCUUCCAGGAGUACAUCCGGUCCACCCCGUACUCUGUGUACAGCCCGGAGACAUAUGAGGGACACUGGCGCCAGCUGACCGUGCGGACCAGCUGCAGCGGAGAGACCAUGGCCAUUGUCUACUUCCACCCCCAGAAACUCAGUCAAGAAGAACUGGCAGGCCUGAAAGCCUCCCUCGGCCAGCACUUCACAGCGGGGCCCGGCCAGCCCAGCGGAGUCACCUCUCUUUACUUCGUGGAAGAGGGUCAGAGGAAGUCUCCCAACCGAGAGGACCUGCCCUUGGAGCACGUUGCAGGAGAGAAGUACAUCCAUGAGGAGCUUUUGGGGCUCAAGUUCCGGAUUUCCCCUCAUGCGUUUUUCCAGGUGAACACGCCGGCCGCCGAAGUCCUCUAUACGACCAUUCGAGACUGGGCCCAGCUGGAUGGGGAGAUCACGGUGCUGGACGUCUGCUGUGGUACGGGGACCAUCGGCCUCUCCCUGGCCCAGACAGUGAAGAGAGUGAUUGGCAUUGAGCUUUGCCAGGAAGCGGUGGAAGAUGCCCGAGUGAAUGCCAAGAUGAAUGCCCUGGACAACAUCGAGUUCCACUGUGGCAAGGCUGAGGACCUGGUGCCCUCCCUGAUGAGCUCCUUGGCCUCCCAGAGGCUGACCGCCAUCGUGGACCCUCCCCGAGCUGGGCUGCACUCCAAAGUCAUCCUGGCCCUCCGGAGGGCGGAGCACCUGAAGAAGCUCAUCUACGUCUCCUGCAACCCCCGGGCGGCCAUGAGCAACUUUGUGGACCUGUGCCGGGCCCCUUCCAACAGGGUGAAGGGCUCUCCCUUCCGCCCGGUCAGGGCCGUGGCCGUGGACCUGUUCCCGCAGACCCUGCACUGUGAGAUGCUGAUUCUGUUUGAGCGGGUGGAGCAUCCCAAUGACUCUUCGGCCGUCGUGGAGGGUCCUCCCCCCCAGAGCCUGGCCCCUGCUGCCCCCAGAGCCGAGGGGGCCGAGCUGCCCCACAGUGCAGACCCUGGAGGGCCGCAGGCUCCCGGGGCUCCUCCUGGGGGCCCUGACAGGAACCCCAGCCUCCUCCCUCCUGCAGCCUCAAUUUCAUAGCUUCCACUGGAUCCCCUCCUACACAUAGCACCCCGCCGGACCAGGAAGGGCCCAUCCCGCAGGGCCAGAGGGGAAAAAAGAGUAGCAGGACUUGGGGGGGCCUAGUCACCUCCAGGCGAGCCUAGAGCCGGAUGAGACCCCACAAGGCAGCAGCCCUCAGAAUGGGGAGCUGGGCAGGGGGAGCUGGCGUCGCCCCAUGGAGUGGCUGAAAUAAAUGGCUUUGGAGUUAAUGUAUUAGCGUCGUGACCGCUCCUUGUCAGAAACUCCAGCCGCUCCCCGGCCUCCCUGCUGCCAACCUGACUCCAGGGGUGAUGGGCAAACGUCUGACCCCCACAGUGACCGGGUGCUCCGAUCCCCACCUCACAGGUGAGGAAAUAGGCCUAGAGCCAUCGACCGCUGAAUGGGCAGGAUUUGGGCCCGGGGCUGCCUUGGUGGCGGAAUCUUGGUCCCAGCUGACAGUUUAAUCCUUCGCCCCAGCUCCUUGCAGGGCCCCUUCCCUUCUGGCCCUCCUUAGACCACUGGUGUGGGAGGCCUCCUCUCAUCUCCUGUGCUCAAGUGUCCCCCAAGUCCCUUCCCUUAGGCACCUCCUAGGUCUCAGCACAGCGUAAUUUGGAUAUUUCCAGCUCCAGAUUCCUGAACAGUUACAGGAAUUCCGAGCUCCACCUAACCCGGCUUCUGCCCCGACACUGAAGUCAGACCUCCGAAUUGCUCAGCGGCACAUCCAUUCUGAGGGAGUUUGAAAGCCCCACUUCAUCUCCUGUGACUGUUAUAGGAAGCGGCUCCUACCCAUGUGUGCCCAGUCCCUCCUUAAAGAGGUUUCCUGAAGAACAUUUUUCCUAAUCGGUAGUUUCCUUUCUUAUUCUAGCUACCUGGAAGGGGGAGAGACGUGUCAAGGAGGAAGGGAACAAGCAUUUAUUAAGCUCCUAUUGUGUGCCAACACUAUGCCAAGUUCUUUACAAAUAUCUCAUUGGACCCCCAUAAUAGAGAAGGUAGAGCUUUUAUUAUCUUCAAUUUACAGUUGAGGAAACUGAGGUUGGGGGAGGGCAGUUAAAUGACUCAUCCAAGGUUACAAUUGAAGGGUCCAAGGCUGGACUUGAAUGUUGGUCUUUCCUGACUGCAGACCCAGGACUCCAUCUGUUGUGCUACUUAUGACCCAAUUUUGUGCAUGAAAAGACAUUUUAUAUUUUUUCAUUGAAAGUUUCCAUUUUAUCUUUUGUGAGCAUCUCUGUAAAAAAGGUGUGGGGUGGACCCCACCGUGAGGCAGACAUGGUCACAUGUAGAGUAGGAAAGAGACUUAAAUCUAUGCUUAUCUGCUUUCUCUAUUUCAAGUGAUUAAAUAAACUUUAUGGAAAAUAA